UCAUAAUCUAAUUGUGAACGUCCUCUUAAAUGAAGAGGCAGCGUCGUUGAAGAGGAAGAAUUUGUACGCCUUGUGUGAAAAUUUCGCGCCGAUACAGAGGAUGUACAAUAAGAGACUGUGAAAAACUAUAGCUUAUGAAAAAAAUUAUAUUUUCGCAGGGAAUUAGCAGUUUAAUAUAGUUUUUUAUGCAAAUAAGUGAAAUAAUCGCAGUUAAGAAGUAAAACAAGGCUGUGCUUUGUUGCGUGAAUUGGCGUCCUCUGCUCCGAUAAGCGGAGCGUCAAAAACAGCGAGACAGUGAAGCAGCAGAAAAUUGAACAAAUUGUGAUCCAACGUACAAGCCGUACUCAUAUUACUUAAGUCCACAGUGCAAAUUCAGCGAAAAUUAACACACGGAGAAUGGCUCCGGCAAAAAAACGCGAAAAAGAUACUGCAUUAGCAGCGCCGGCAGCUGCUGUAAGCAAUGGUGCUAACGGAAGUGUUAACGCUGGUAAUGGGGGUGGAGCGGUUGCGGCAACAGCUGCUGUUGCAACUGCAGUGGCUACAAAUACUGCAACAACGGGCAUUGAUAAUGCAAAACUCAACGGCCAUCAACAAGAGCAGGAACUCUUUCUGCAGGCUUUUGAAAAACCUACACAGAUCUAUCGGUUUUUACGCAAUCGCCAUGGAACAAGUCCAAUUUUCUUGAAUCGAACACUGAGUUAUAUGAAGGACCGCAUGUCGCGAAACAAUAAAAAGCGCGCGACGUUCAAAGUCAACUCCAUAUUGCAGCAAAUAACACAAAAAACUGAAUCGAUAUCAAAUAAAUACUUGAAUAUCAUCUACAAUGGUUUGUUUGAUAAGAGUGCUUGCAGCGAUCAAUGGUGGAAUACGGGCGAUGCGGUUUGUGUCGAAGCAACGCUUUAUAAGAUAACAAAAAACAAGCGAAAGGAUAGCACGUCAGAUUUUCAGGAAAUGAUGAGUUACAGUUCAGAUGUUGUUUAUAAUCCGAAUGAUGAUAUUGGGCGUUUCUCUGUCAUAAGCAUUCCGGUGCAAUCAAUGUGCCCUUUGGGUGAUCAACACACCAUCUACAAACUAUUGUUUCGGAUUAAAGUUCUGCCCAAAAUUGAUUCAAAUACAAAUGAUGAGAAUUGUGAAAAUGGUGAGACUCCCAGCAAACGCGGUAAAAUGAACACAAAAAUAUACGGCUGCGAAUUAAUAGUGUUUGAGAAAAAUAUUUGCUUCAUUCCGGAGGGUGAUUAUGAGGCGGCGAUGCAGGAGCUCAAUUCGAUGAGCAUAAAAUCCUUCUCCCCAAAGAAACGCACAUGGGAAACGCUACCGGACAAUUACAUUCCACUCUCAAUGAAAUUCGAUGUAUUCAAUCAAUUUCCCACGCUCAAGUUUCGCUUAACCUGGUCAGCCAACGAAAUGAUUAGCAGUAUUGAUGCAAAGGAUUUACAUUUAUACGGUAACUUUGCUGGCAACACAGAUGAGCCGAAAGAUAAGUCACAGAAUUUAACUAAUGGUGUUGCAAUUCAAAUGAACGGCACCGUUAAUUCAAAUGACACUACGGGCGCACUUGUAAAUCAUAACAAUAAUUUCGUCAAAGGCAAUGGUAGUAUUGACAAAAGCGGCGUCGUACUACCUACUUUAAAAACGGAGAAAAUCCAAAUAGUUUAUAAUUUUCUGUAUAGUAACAAUACGCGCCAACAAACUGAGUACACACAAGAGGUAAUAUGUCCAUGGUGUGGGUUGGACUGCUUGCGUUUGUACGCAUUGCUUAAGCAUUUAAAGUUGUGCCAUGCCCGUUUCAACUUCACUUAUCAACCGGCAGGAAAUGGUGCGCGCAUCGACGUAACAAUCAAUGACUCGUAUGAUGGGUCGUAUGCGGGUUCGCCCUACGACCUGGCCGGCCCAUCAGGCUGCUCUUUUGCGCGCACUUGUGGUCCAGUGCGCAGAACGACGGUGACAAAUUUGUUAGUAUGCCGUCCACGUAGACAAAAAACGUGUCUAGAUGAAUUUUUGGUGCUGGACGAGGACGAUUUAAGCAAUCAACGACCUUAUAUAACGGGCCACAAUAGACUUUACCAUCAUACGGAAACUUGUUUGCCGGUGCAUCCGAAAGAACUAGAUAUCGAUUCAGAGGGCGAGAGUGAUCCACUUUGGCUACGACAAAAAACCAUACAAAUGAUCGAUGAGUUCUCCGAUGUGAACGAGGGCGAGAAAGAGUUGAUGAAAUUGUGGAAUUUGCAUGUUAUGAAACAUGGUUAUGUCGGCGAUUGUCAGUUGCCAUUAGCUUGUGAAAUGUUUUUAGAUUCGAACGGUCAUGAGGUUAUACGCAAAAAUCUCUAUCGCAAUUUUAUCUUACAUAUGUGUUCACUGUUCGAUUAUGGGCUCGUCUCACCAGAAACUGUCUAUAAAACUGUACAAAAACUGCAAGGUAUGCUAAGUAAAUAUCCCGAGGGACAAGAGAUGAUGUCCAAACAACGUGAAGCGCAAUUAAAAUAUUGGCUGGAAGUUGGCAUACAUAAGCAAGACGAACAAAAGCUCAAAUCGCCACAAAAACAAUCGGCGUCAAGUUCAAACGCUGUUGCCGAGGCGUUAGGCCCCAUCGCAGCCGAAGCUACUGGCACCCCGGCAAGUGGUAACAAAAAUUUGGAUAAUAAACCAAUGCAACCACCUUCAAAGCGCUCCGCCACAGCUGUCAAACGUGCCAGUAUGCAUCCACAAAAUUGUGUAAAUGGCAGCGCUACUGAUAAAAUGGCUAAUGGUGGUAAAGGUGUUGCCAAAAAGACUGUUUCCCAAGCAGAUGACGAUCAAGACCCGCCCGCAAAUGGUGUAGUAAGUAGCGCUAACACCGAUAAACGCGAGCGGCGCAGUGAAAGCAGAAGAAGUAGCACGGCUUCUAAUGCGGCAGCUACAGGGGGGACAGUAACGUCGACGACGGAGCGCGAUAUAAAGAAUGAGCGAAAAGAGGCUCAAGGCAGCGAGCGUCCUCAACGUGGUAGUGCUGUUGGUGGUGGCGGCGCGGCAUCAAAUACCCCAUCAGAAUCACGCGCGCAGGCAGCUAAAAGGAGAUUGUCUAUAAAAGAUGUACCACAACCGCCCGCCAGUAAACGUACUCGCACCACAGAAGGCAACAUCAACAGCACCAGUGCCGGUGGCGGCACAACAACGCGUACAGCUGCGCUGCGACAAUCAGCCGAUGGCAUCAAUAAUACUACAAACAGUAGUGGCAAACAUACAACAGCUACAACUGCAGCUAGCAAUUUAAACAGCACAACAACAACAACGACAACACUGCCAAAGCGAUUGGUUACCAGGCGUCAGUCCAUAGCAGGCACUGCCAGUACCAGCCAUAAUCACAAUGACAACAACAACAGCAGCAAUCAAGCCGCAGAAAAAACACUGCCAAAGUCCACAUCCUCCAAAAAUUUGUCGAACAAUACUUCUUCAACAACAACAGCAACAACAAUUGCACCCGCCAACACCACACAUCAUUCGUUGCGUACGAGGCUCUCGGUGCCAUUAAUGAAAGUUGAUAAACGUUAGA